UAGUUAGCAUACCCAGGCUGUGCACUUCAGCUGCCGCAGUCAGUCAUCCUGAUCACUGCAGCCUUGCUGUGGCAACGACUCAUAAAAACCCAUCGUCGCCCUUUCACCUCUCAUCACCACCAUGGUUACCCAACAGUCGACCAACGCUACAGCCAUCUGGCUCGGCCACAACUGGAUGCAACUGUUCCUCGCCUCCUGGGUGAGCAGAAAUAAUCCCCCCGACACCCCUGUCUCCCAACUCAAGCACAUCUACACAAAUAUCGAAACAGCUCUCCCCUUUCCAGAUCUCUGCCGCAUCCUGGCCCUGAAGUACCGUUUCCCCGGUUGCGGAAACACACCACAGGAAGAUCUGUAUCUAUUCCUAGGCAGAGUCUACGAGGAAUCUCCCCAGCUUGGCUCCCAGAAACUAGAUAAUGUCCAGUUGAUGCUGGAUCAAUAUCUCAGCCAAAGAACGUGGAAGCCGUCGGUGGCUUCUACGCCGAUGGUCUCGUCGACGCCGCUGGCUUCGACCCCGUUGACGGCGCCGUCGCUGUAUAGUACCCCGCCUGCGAAUGUGCUAGAUCAAUCUAGUGCGUUACAGACGGUUAGGGAGGAGGCUGCUCGGAGUGUUAGUGGCAGUGCCAGUGUCAGUGGGAGUGUGAGCGCGAGUGUUAGUGCUGGCCCAGCAUCUUUACCGGAGCUACCUAGCGAUCUUGCCAGGUUUACAUCGUCGCUCAAAGCACGAGGAGAUGUGGAAGGCGUCAAGCCAGUUUAUGAAGAGGUUAUGCUGAGAGAAACACCACCAGACUGGCAGUCGAUUGGGAAUUACAACGGCAUCACAGGGGUUGGGAGGGGAACGACCAAGAAGGAGGCGAGGCAUUUGGCAUCGAGGGAGAUUUGGAAUAGUUUAUAGACUGAUUGGUCAUUGGAGUUGUGGAUCCAGAGCUGGCUUGCAGUAUUUAUAUAUCCUGGCGAUAAUGCUAUUGCUGCCUUGAAUUCAGUCCAUGUCCA